AUGGUAACAGCAACAACCACAUGUCACAAUGCCAGCUCGUCAAACAUCCUGAACAGUGCAAAAAUAGUGGCUCAUCUAGCAAAGGGUUAGAGCAGCUUCUUUUAGGUUAAGCUCCCCUUGGACAUACCCUUACUAUGACUGCCUUAUUCUCUUAUGCUCUGGAACAGUGUUUUCCAAUUAGCUGAGUACUGUGGACCCCCUAUAUUUCAAAAGCCAAGCCAUGGACCCCCUACUUUUGAAAUUUUUGAUAGCUCUAUGGUAGUUUUUGUUAUGUGAAUGGUGCCACAGACCCCCUGGGUGGGUUACACAGACUCCCCGGGAUCUGUGGACCACCAAUUGGGAACCACUGCUCCAGAGUCUAAGUGGUGAGAUGAUGUGCAAGACUGAGAUCUAUGUUCUUUCUUUCUUCCUUUCCUUUCUUUCUUUCUUUCUUUCUUUCUUUCUUUCUUUCUUUCUUUUCUUGAAUUUAUAUCCUACCUUUCACUAUGAACAGCCUCAGCAACAGCUUUCAGCAACAAAACUAAUGAGAGAGAAUUUUACACAGCCAGAAACACAACAGAAGUAGCAGAUAUACCGUAUUUUUUGCUCUAUAAGACUCACUUUGUCCCUCCUAAAAAGUAAGGGGAAAUGUGUGUGCGUCUUAUGGAGCGAAUGCAGGCUGUGCAGCUAUCCUAGAAGCCAGAACAGCAAGAGGGAUUGCUGCUUUCACUGUGCAGCGAUCCCUCUUGUUGUUCUGGCUUCUGAGAUUCAGAAUAUUUUUUUUCUUGUUUUCCUCCUCCAAAAACUAGGUGCGUCUUAUGGUCUGGUGCGUCUUAUAGAGCGAAAAAUACGUAAGUUAAAAAACAACCAUCCAAAGUAUCUCAGGCACCUGUAAAAACCUGGGAAGGAAGGAAAGACCUUGCCUGGUGCCUGGAAGAGAUGCUUCCAGGUAGACAUAUCUGGGAUGUUUCCUCAUUUGGGGGCCAGCACAGAGAACACUCGGUUCCCAGUAGCCGCCUAUUGGACUUCAGAAGAGAGGGGCAGCUUGGAAGGGCUUCUGCAGAAGAUCUUCAUAGACUGGUAGAUUUAGUGGAUAUUGGUAUUGGAUGUAACACCCGUAAAGCUAAACAUCCAUUUUGAUGGGCGCUGUAGUCCAACAAUAUAUGGAAAGCCACAGGUUCCCCAUCACUGCCCUAAAGACUGCGAAGAUAGGCUUGGAACCAGGUGGGAAAUACCUGGUAAAAUCUUGGGAGCCAGACACCAGGUUGAUCAGUUUUUCCCCUAUGAAUGUAAGAAGUGGCUGUAUCCCGAGUUAUGCCACUGGUUCAUCUAUGUCCUGACUGGGAUAAACUCCUGAACUGACUGGGAUAAACUCCUCAAGGCCUCAGGUGGAGUUAUUUUAUGAAGAAGAAGAAGAAGAAGAAGAAGAAGAAGUAAUAGUAGUAGUAUUGGGAUGGGAUGGGGAAUGUCAACAGGCAGCCAUAUGAGGCCAAGGUCAGAGUAAACACAAUGAGGAAUCCUGUAAGUUUUGUGGUCCAGCCGUUCAUAGGAUGGAGCUCACUUUAUCAGAUGCUUGAAGGUUUUGGACAUAUGCAAGGGUUCAUAGGGAAGGUAACUCAAGUCCCUCUUUGCUCCCAGUACCAAUAAAUGUCACAACCAUGAUAAUCUGAGCAGAAGCCAGGAAUUACGAACUGUUAUGCUGAAGGCACAGAGGAGAAAUUGUGUACGAUCACCCUUGCUUAUUUUGCUGGCUUCACUUCUCUUUCUCAGCUAGGCCCAAAAAGUAUCCUGAGAACAAAGUGCCUAUUAUUACCUGUCUAAAUACAGCACUUGAGUUCUCAGUAUUGUGGUUCACCUGAUUUAUUUGGCCUUUGCUGCAGACCUGAGCUGCGGCCCCUCAUGGUGGCUUUAUAGCUUGUGUGAUGGGCACACUGGUGUGAGCUCACUGCUGGAGAAGGCAGCCAGCCCAAGACUACUUGGGACCUGAGGCAAAAGACCAUGUAUUUCUUGCCCCUCUUCCUUCUACACUGACAACAACACAUGCACAUUGUCUACUGGAGAGCAUGCCUUGGUAUGGUGGCUUCUCUGUCUGCUCACACUCAGUCAGGGACUUUUCCCAUUGGCACUUCCUGUGUUCGGAGAAGGCAGUUAGUUGAGACAGCUUGGCCUUUUGCCAUUGGGGCAUCAGAUCAGCAAGUGUGGGAGCUCGGGGGGAAUGGGCAGCAAUUGUGUGUGUGAGAGAGAAUAAUUAGAAAUACAUACCCUCCAAUAUUUCUCCGAUGAAAAUAGGGAUGUCCCAUGCCACAAUGAUAAUUUUAUUAUUUAUACCUCACCCAACUUACUGGGUUGCCCCAGCUACUCUGGGCAGCUUCAACACAUAUAAAAACAUAAUAAAAUAUUAAACAGUAAAAAAGCUUUCCUAUACAGGAUUGCCUUCAGAUGGCUCGGGGGUCGGAUAACUACAUGCCGCCCAACAUUUCUGCAGUGAAAACAGGGACAUCCUACUAUACCUUCCAACAUUUCUCUGAUGAAAACAGGGACACCCUAAGGAAAAGUGGGACAUUCUGGGAUCAAAUCAGAAACCGGGACGGCUUCUCUAAGUCCGGGAUGUCCCUGGAAAAUAGGGACACUUGGAGGGUUUGGAAAUAGCUCAUCUCUGCCCAGAAUCUUCAGCCUGAGGUAGCUGCCUCAUUCUGCCUAAUGGUAGGGUUCGGCCUGGAUGGAACAAGCCAGAAGAGCUAGUUGUGUGUUUACUUUCGAAGAGGAAGAAGCUGCAAUGCUGAACUGAAUAGUAAGUUUUACUUUUGGUCUCGAAACUGGUGAGUUUCAGGAAAUCCAUCUGAAAAUGUAUUAUAUGGAAAUAUUCAGUUUUUUAAAAAACAAAAACCUGCUCAGGAACACCAUUGUUUCCCCGCAGCUGUUGCUUCUUUGGGAGUAUUUUCUUACAUGGGUAUAAUCUUAGUCAGGAAUCUCAGAGUGAAAUGACAACACCAUAUAUAAGAUGGCAUCAACAGUAGUCUCUCAGACCCUUCAAGUGUCCCUAUUUUCCAGUGACAGUCCCGGAUUUACAGAAGCCGUCCCAGUUUCUGAUUUCUGAUCCCAGAAUGUCCCUCUUUUUCUUAUGACGUCUGUAAUUUCAUCAGAGAAAUGUUGCAGGGUACGGUGUUAUGCAACCCCCAAGCCAAGGAGAUAAGUAACUAUACAACCUUUAGAAGACAUCUGAAGGCAGCCCUGUUGGAGGGUAUGGCGUUAUUCGACCCCUGAGCUGUCUGAAGGUAAUCCUGUACAGGGCAAUUUUUUAAAAAAAUAUUGUUUUAUUAUGUUUUUAUAUAUGUUGGAAGCCACGCAGUCAGAUGGGCUGGAUAUAAAUAAAAUAAGUAGUAGUAGUAGUAGUAGUAGUAGUAGUAAUAAUAAUAAUAAUAAAUAGGACAUCCCUAUUUUAAUCUGAGAAAUGUUGGAGAGAAUAGUCUCUCUCUCUUCUUACACACCCACACCCACCCACCCACCCACACCCACACACCUGGCUACAUAGUGGCGCCCACCCUGCGGAACGCCCUCCCAUCAGAUGUCAAAGAGAUAAACAACUAUCUGACAUUUAGAAGACAUCUGAAGGCAGCCCUGUUUAGGGAAGUUUUUAAUGUGUGACAUUUUAAUGUAUUUUUAAUCUUUGUUGGAAGCCACCCAGCCAGAUGGGCGGGGUACAAAUAAAUUAAUAAUAAUAAUAAUAAUAAUAAUAAUAAUAAUAUUGGAGUCCCUGAGGGCAAAAAAGAGCAACCGAGAAUGAGGAUAAAGUAAUUUCAAUUUAAACCCAGGAGUCAACCUUUGUAAGGGGUGUCAAAUGUUGCCAACCAUGGAAGACGUUUUUCAACACUCUUCACCAUUAACCCCCCAAAAUAACAACAGCCCCUUAGAGUAGCUAUGCUUCAGUCUGAUAUGAAGUCCAAAUUAUGGGCAACUAAUCCUUUAUUGUGUUCCAAAGUUCUUAAUAUCCUCACUUAUCUUCUUGAUAAAAUUAGGAAGCUGUAAAAAAUAGUAAUAAAUCUAAGAAAUAUUGCCUUCCUGGAAUUUUUUCUCCCUUUCCUUCCAUCACUAAUUUGUGUGUCACCUCCAGGUUUGCUAUAAUUCUUUAUUGGAUGUUCUUCCAGUAUGUACUUAAAAUAAAUAAAUCUCCGGCAGGUUCAGAAUACUGGCAACGUGGUUGGCUAGCAAUAUCAAAUGUCACCCGACUAUAGGAUGUAUUCUCGUUCUUGCUCCUCUCCCACUAAGCUGGCUCCUCGUAAAGUUUGAAACCAAUAUUAAUAUUUAACUUUUAACGUGCGCAAUCUUUCAGGGUCUCAGCCUGACUUAAUUAGCUGACAUUUAGUUCCCAAUAUUUCACUGCACACUCUUUAGAGUCCUUGGGUACUAGUUUAUUAACAUUCCCUACAGUCGAGUGGAGAAGGCGGUUUCUAGCUUCUUUAUCAAUUGUUCCUAAAGGCAAAAGAAUUCAUUGCUGAAUGCCAUUAGAUGGGCCUAUCCUCCAAAUAUGUUUGCAGGCACAGGGAAGAAGACCCCUGCUUUUCCAUUUCAUUUAAAUGAGCUUUGUGAAUUGCUCUCUCUCUCUCUCUUUUUGCUGCAUUUUCCUUGGUGCAAAGCCUCGGUAAAAUAUGCCUUCAAAAAGCGCUGCCCUUACCUUUAUUGUAAAAAUACAUAAAAGGUGGUUCUGCCAUUAAUCAGGAUCCUUGCAUCAAUGUGUGGUGUGAAUCCCUCUUAAGCAGGGUAGCUCAAUACUUAGGUCUGUGCUUCCUUGCCUUAGGUAAUUUGACCUUGCUCUUUAAAACAAAACAAAAACAAAACUCAGCCUCUGGAAAGGGCAGCUGAAGAUGUAUCUAGGUUUGGUUUUGAAUGUAUAUUUGGGCAAUGCAGAUGAGUAGCUGGGUUUGGGGCCCCUUUCUGUUCCCCUCCUAAGUGAUUAGGCCGGAUUUGCAAGCUAUACUUUAUUUCCUAGCAGAAUAAUGCAAUCUUAAACCAUGCUUGGCAUUCCUACUCCAGUGUGAUAAAUCAAAGGUAAAUCAAGUGACCUUCUCUCCACCCCAGCUCCGGGCCCCAACGAUUGACUUUCCUUGUCUUGCAGGACAGUCUUGGGCACUCAAAAGCCAGGAGCUGAAGAAAGGUACCGUAUUUUUCGCUCUAUAAGACGCACCAGACCACAAGACACACCUAGUUUUUGGAGGAGGAAAACAAGGAAAAAAAUAUUCUGAAUCUCAGAAGCCAGAACAGCAAGAGGGAUCGCUACGCAGUGAAAGCAGCAAUCCCUCUUGCUGUUCUGGCUUCUGGGAUAGCUGCGCAGCCUGCAUUCGCUCCAUAAGACGCACACACAUUUCCCCUUACUUUUUAGGAGGGAAAAAGUGAGUCCUAUAGAGCAAAAAAUAUGGUAAAUCAAAUGACCUUCUCUCCACCCCAGCUCUGGGCCCCAAUGAUUGACUUUCCUUGUCUUGCAGGACAGUCUUGGGCACUCAAGAGCCAGGAGCUGAAGAAAUGUACUUUGUGCACCAGGCUUGUGAUCUGUGAUGUCGAAUGUCCAUCCACUGGGCAUCUCACCCCGGUACUUCCCAAAUUAGCUGCUGCUCAGUUUGUGGAGCCUGCCAGGAGUUCAGUGUUUAAUGGGUGACACUCUCGCUUUCUCUCUCUCUCUCUCUCUCACACACACACACACACACUCUGUAUGCACCUGGAUAGCUAUAUAGAUACCAUUGUGCUAACACAGAAACCCUGCAAUAUUCUGCAGCAUGAGACUCUCAGCUAUGGUAUUUCCAAGGUCAGGGCUGGAGUUUCUCAGCGCAAUCCUAUGCCUGUUUACUUGGAAGCAAAUCCCACUGCCUGAAAUGGGGUUUAAGGCUACAGCUUCAGUGUGCCACACGCAGCUCCCUUCUCCUAUCUAAAAUCACCAGAAGCAGAGUGAUUUUUGCAACCCUGGAGACCCGUUUACUCAGAAGUAAGGCCCACGGGGCUUCCUCCCAGGUAGCUGUGCAUGUCAAAUCCUGUUUUUCUUUGCACAGGAUACGGUCUUCCUUGUCACAUAGGUUUCUUUUCUUUUUCAACGCCUAAGCGCACGCAGGCCUGGGUUUACCCUUCAGCAGUAGCAUAUCAGCCCCGACAGAGUUGUGUUAGAGAUCUACAUUUGAUAUCCAGCAACUGAAUAACUUUAGCUCUAAUUAUCUAGUUAAGCUACCAUAACAAAACAUGCUGUAUAUGGUUGUGUUCAGUAUAAUUACAGAGUAUUUCACGAGAAGUGCGAUUAAUAGUAUUUCAUUACAUUUCGAUGCGGCUUCCCUAAUUUGCAAUGAACUUAAUGCGUGCAGGAUGUCUCCUGUAUGAGUUAAUAUUCUACCUAUCGUAUGUUGGUCCACUGAAUGUGUGUGUGUGUGUGUGUGCGUGCAUGAGAGAGAGAGAGCUCACCGGGAGACAAAUAUGAGUAAAAAAAAAAAAGACUUGUUAUUGAACAAUCUUGUUUUUAGGGCUUAUCUUAGUAAAUAAAGUAUUGAUCUUUUCCAUUGGGGACUCGUGGUUCAAUUCCACUAUCCGUCCCUCAGUGAUAUGUAGUGGUGGCAACUCAUUCCUAGCAAACAGUAUCAAUCCACAUUAAAUAUAAUAUCAGUCACAGCAACCUGAGCUCUAUGCCUGAUAGACCUGAUGCGGAAAAUGAAAUCAACCAUUAAAAAAUAAGUGUAUAAUUCUAAUGCUGGUGCCAUCCUUGUUUUGAAGGAAAACGGAGACUGGGAAUGUGGCCGCUGCAAAUGCAUGCUGCUCCUUUGA